UAGUUAGUAAGCUUAGACUUCCCCUGUUUUGUUGUGUGUCGCAGUGUAAAUAAAUCUAAUGCAAUAAUUAUUGAAGUUAGAUAAAAAAGUUGAAAGUUUAUCCGCUGUGGCCUGCCUGCCGGGGCCGUGUCUAACAACAAAACGUCAUUAUUACUAUUGAAGACACAUGGUUUUGUUGAAAAAACAAUGAGCUGGCAAAACAGUAACCAAGCAUCCGGCUUUAGUCCAGAAUACCAUCCUAAUCCUUAUGAACCUGUGCAUCCACCAGCUACAUAUCAAGACAGAGGUGUGAUGUACACAAAUGGAGACUACUCUUAUCUCCCAGGGAAUGUUCCCACUGCCUAUGUGGAACAGCCACAUAGUUAUGGCCAUGAUUUACGAUCUAACUAUGUUCCUGGUAUGGCUAUUCAAACCAAUGAUUUUGGAGAGUACAGUAGCUCUGUACCUCUAGAUUCUUUACAUUAUCAUGAACAUACAUUUCCUGCACAGCAAUUAGGAAAUUUUGAUAAGGGGGUUAAACAUUCUUCCAGAUCCAGGGCUCAAAAUUACAGAUUUUCUCAAAACUCUAGGCGACACAACUAUUAUGAAAAUAGCCAGAGACAGUAUAUGGAUGAAGAUCAAUAUUAUUAUGAAGCUUAUUAUCAAUAUGGUUACAAACCAAGAGGUAGAGGGCAAAGGGGUUAUUUUAAUCAAUCCAAAUCAAAUCCUAGGGGUAAGGAUGAGUAUCAUUACUCAGGUAGCUCUGGUAAUUCGAAGCUUGGGAAUGGAGAUGGAAAGUCACAAUGGCAAGCAAAUUCUGGUCAUAAGCAAAAUCGGGAUGAAGCCGAUAGCUCAUAUGGACCUGAAGCAGCAGGCAGAUACCAGCACAGUAAACAGGAACCUGUAAUGGAAAAAUCAAAUCAAGAACAUAUGUCUUCAAGUAAAAAUAAAACCUACAGGCAAGGGACUGGAUACCACAGAGGUGGGAAAAAAGGCCAUUAUGAAAAUGAAGAAAGACAACCCAAGUCAAAUGAGAAAUAUUAUCAAAGUGGCAGUAAACACGAAGAAACUACAAGUAAAAAGCCAGAUAACUUUGAAGGGGGGAAGACAAAUGAAGAAAGAAGUAAAAGCAGUGUAGAUUCUAAAGAUGUCAGGGCAAAACAUGAGGCAUCCCAUUAUUCUAGGGUGAAGGGGAGUCAGGUUACUGGACGUAGUGGAUUCUAUCCAGGAUGGGCAGGCAGGAGGUCCUCUAAUGAUAAAGCUUACAAAUUCAACAGCUCAGUGCAGGAUUCAGCUGAAAACGAUGAGAGUCAGAGAGGUAGUCUAACAGAGCAACUGUGUACAAACAAGUAUGAGUGUAUGGUGUGUUGUGAGAACAUAAGGGCUGAAGCUUCUGUUUGGAGCUGCAUGAAUUGCUACCAUGUCUUUCAUUUAUCAUGUAUUCAAAAAUGGGCACAGUCUUCAAUUAACAAAGAUUUAAAGAAUUGGAGAUGUCCUGGCUGCCAAAAUGUUUCAACGAAAAUUCCAUCACAAUAUCGAUGUUUUUGUGGUAGUAAGAAAGACCCAAAAUAUAUCAGAGGGGAAAUACCCCACAGCUGUGGUGAAACUUGUCGCAGAAGUCGGAAAGGCAACUGUAAACACCCAUGCACCAUACUAUGUCACCCAGGCCCAUGUCCUCCAUGUAGCUCCAUGGUUCGUGCAGCAUGUGAUUGUGGAAAAAUUAAUAAAAGUGUGAGAUGUUCAACAUCCAUUACCUUCAAGUGUGAUGAGGUUUGCGAUAAGCCACUCAAUUGCUCUGAUCAUAAAUGUGUCAUUGUGUGUCAUGCGGGUCCUUGCCCACCAUGUGAUGUUAGUAAAACUCAAGAAUGUUUCUGUAAAAGAGCAACAAGAAAUGCCUUAUGUGGUACAGAAGAAUUUAAAAUGAUUGGCUUCUGCUGUGAGAAAAUAUGUGGCAGAACAUUGGACUGUGGGAAUCAUAUAUGUGAAUCAUCAUGCCACCCUGGUGACUGCGGCUCCUGUAAUCUGAAGCCAGCCUUACUGUUGACAUGCUGCUGUGGCAAGACCCCCCUGUCAGAGCUUACCAGCUCAAAAAGAGAUUCUUGCUUAGAUCCAGUACCCACAUGUGAACAGAUCUGUAACAAACCAAUGUCUUGUGGAUCACAAACUGAACCCCACCUGUGUGACAAAAAGUGCCACAAUGGAGAUUGUGGGCCCUGUAACAAGGAUACCCUGAUGAAGUGUGAAUGUGGCGCUAUAGAGAAGAAGGUGCCUUGUGAAGUUGCUGUUACCUUUAAUGACAAAAACCCAUUCAAGUGUCAGCGAAGGUGUGGCAAGAAGAAAACUUGUGGCAAACACAAGUGCUCUGAUAACUGUUGUGUGAAAGACAUCCAUAUUUGUGAGAUAGUCUGUGGACAGAAACUCUCAUGUGGCAAGCAUAAAUGUGAAGAACUUUGUCAUAGAGGAAAUUGCAAGCGAUGUCUUGAAGCAAGUUUUGAAGAACUGACAUGCUACUGUGGAGCCGAGGUGAUAGAACCACCUGUCCCCUGUGGUGCCCGACGUCCAGACUGUCACAAGCUGUGUUCUAGACAGCAUGACUGUGACCACCCAGUCAGACACAAUUGUCAUGGUGAUGAAGUUUGCCCACCAUGUACAGAGCUUACAGAAAAAAUGUGUGUUGGUGGCCAUAUGAUGCGCAAGAAUGUUCCUUGCCAUAUGACUAACAUAAGCUGUGGUUAUCCAUGUAACAAAGUUUUGCCUUGUGGUCAACACAAAUGUUUGAAAGCUUGCCAUAAAGGCAAUUGUCUAGAAGAAAAUAAUGUGUGUAACCAGCCAUGUACUAAGGCUAGACCAGCCUGUGGUCACCCCUGUGGAAUGCCUUGUCAUUCAGGUGAAUGCCCUGAUGAAGCUUGCAAAACUGAGAUCAUGAUUACUUGCCCCUGUGGGAGCAGGACUGCUAAGGCGCAAUGUUUAGCAGGUGGCGACCUUUCUUCAGAGAUUGCUCAGUUCCAACGACUGAGUGUCCAGAGUAUAGUAGAGUCUGGGGGUCAAAGUGUGGACAUGUCCCAGUUUACCCAGAGCAAAAAGUCCAACAAAAGGCUUGACUGUGAUACAAAUUGUGCUAUUAUUGAACGCAACCGUCGUCUUGCAUUAGCCCUGGAAAUAAAAAAUCCUGACAUGAACGCCAAGCUAGGAAAUCCUACCUUUACUGAUUUUCUUAAGGACUUUGCUAAAAAAAACCCUAAAUUUGCUUUAAGUGUGGAAAAAAAUUUGAAUGAACUUGUACAGUCAUCAAAACAGUCCCUUCAGCCAAGUAGAAGUCAUGCAUUCCAGUCAAUGAAUAGAGAUCAGAGGAGGUUCGUCCAUGAACUGGCAGAGUUUUACGGUUGUCAGACUCAAAGUUAUGACUGUGAACCCAAUAAAAAUGUUGUGGCUACAGCUUACAAAGAAAAAUGUUGGCUACCAAAUGUCACCUUGACACAGAUGGCGUGUAAAGACCAGUUGCAGAAAGCUCCGCCACUUAUUUCAACUUUUAAAACUCAGGGAGUCACGUUUACUGUGUUGGAGAAGAAAAAAAUUUCAGUCAAAGAGCAGCCAUCCACCAGCAGAGCUUGGGAAGAUGUUGGGGCUACAGCAGCUUCUCCAAAACCCUCUAUUGAUUACUUUGAUUAUACAGAGUAAUGUAUACAAGUAUUUUCUACUCAGACAGGCUCAUGUAUUAAAUAGUUAACUAAAUGUUAUGAUUAAUGCCUUUAUUGUUGAUCCAGUUUUAAUUUAACUCAAAACUUUACAUUACCAAUCUACCUGUUUUACAAAAAUCUUACCUUAGUUUCUUUUUACAAUGAUGUAAAACAUAGACUUGUUCAUUCAUUGUUGUUUUAAAUGUUAUUAUGGUAAAGGUUGUUUUGUUUGAAUGUUUACUUGUUUUUAAUUUUUCAAAUAAAAUUACAUUAAAUUCCUUUUUGCUUAAGCUUUUUGAACCCAAAAAUGUUUUAGUUAUCUUUGUUUAAAAAUUUUCAACUAGGUUUUUUUUUAUGUACACACAUUUUCAUACAGAGUCUAGUUUAUAUCAGGAUUAAACUAUUUUUAAAUUUAAGUAUCAAAUCUUUAAAUUCCAAUUUUCGUUUAACAUAAGCAUAGUAGCUGCACUUAGUUUUUACCCGCCUUAAAAUUAUCUUGAUUUGAGUUCUCUCUUUGAAUCAUGCCUAAAACCAGUUAAUGCAUCACUUUGCAUGACACAAAUAUUACUUUGAAAAUGUGCUGUGUUAAAAUUAUUAAUGAAAAUCUUAAGAGUCUUGAUUGCAUUAAUGGAGAUAAUUUAUCUUUCAAUGUCAUGCUUUUGUCCUCAUGUUGAUUAACCACUGAAAUAAUUUGUUUUAUGAAGAAAAUAUAUUUUGUAGUAGUUCUCCAUUUUAGAUUCUUUCACGAUUUUCUUUUACUUGAAGUAAAUGUGGCAUUACUUUAAAAAAUCUGUCAACAAGACACUAAUGUUCUCAGUUGUUUUGUUUUACCAUUAUUAACUAGUGUGAUAAUAUGUACUUUACUAAAUGUAUGCUUAACUUGACUUGUUCUUUGGAUUUCAGUCUAAUUCCCAAAUACCUGAGUUAAAUAAAAAUUUUCCAAUUACAUUUGCAUUUAUUGUGUCUUUGUAUCUGAGUCUUGUAGAUUUCUAGAAUGUGUUUGGAAGUGAGAGCAAAAAUGUUUUAAAAUUUAGUCCAGCAGUUUGUAAAAAACACAGAG